AUGCUCUCCCGCAGCGCACCUCGCUUUCUCCGCUUCACCAGUCGUGCCGCCCAACCUGCCCCCCUCAUCACCCCGCAAUCCCGGCCCGCUCUCGCUCUAGCUCGCAGCUCCGCAUUUCCGAGCCGUCCUUUCCACGCAUCUGCCACCAGAGCUAAGGGUAUCCAGCCUGACUCUGAGAACCCGCGUCCUCCAAAUUCACAAUCUGGGUCUGUGGCUGGUCCGGGGACGCAUGUUACUGAGCCAUCGUCGUUGACGCCGGAGGAGUACCGUGAUUACUCGGAACAUUAUUUUAAUGUGUUGAUUGCGGAGCUGGAAAAGUCGCAGGAGGACGGGUCGGAUGUCGAGGCCGAGUAUAGUGCCGGUGUUCUCAACGUCAGCAUCCCCGCGAUUGGAACUUAUGUCCUCAACAAACAACCUCCCAACCGACAGAUCUGGCUCAGCUCACCCAUCUCCGGACCGAAACGGUAUGACUGGGUCCUUGAGGGUGACGGCAUGCAUGAAAAGGAGGGCACCCGCGAGUUUGCGCAUGGGCAGUGGAUCUACCUGCGUGAUGGUAGCAAUCUGACGGAGCUGCUUAAUGCCGAGAUGUCGCUGUCUUUGCCAAAGGAUAUCUACGGUGUGCUGCUUGAUGAUUAG